GCACAGCAGUUAACGCAAAUGUUUUGAAGCUGCGCCCGCGUUCCCGCCAGUCCAGAGCCGCGACCGCGUCGAACUGUUGUGUUAUUUGGUGUGUUGGUGGUUGUGAGAGAUCGCUGCGUGUCGCGUCGGCGCCGGACUUUUCGCGUGGUAGUCUUGGUCGAGUGUCUUUGCCAACAUGAACAGUGAACGUGCAGGCGUGGGUAGUGAGUCCCCGCAGCUGCCCCCAGCUCCGUACCAGCUGCCCCCGCAUCAGCUGUUAGGCCUGGCGGGGUUGGUUGCGGGUGCGGGAAUGGGUACUGGCAUGCCCAACAACAUGAGCAUGGGCAUGGGCUCCAGCAUAGGCACGGGCCUGGGCUCGAGCAUGGGCACGGGCAUGGGCGCCAGCAUGGGCUCGAGCAUGGCCAGCAACAGCAACACGUCGCCCUCGAACGCCUCGCCCUCCAACGUGGCGCGCGGCCUCCCGCCCGCCGUCACUUCUGCGGGCGGAGUGAGCGACUCGCUCAUGCCGGGGGUGGCCGGCCCCAGCAGGCCGCCCCCGCUGCCCCCGGGCCUGAUGAACAUGAACCUGGAGGUCUCGCCGGGCAUGCCCUGGGGCAGCUGGGCCGACCUUCAGGACAGCAUGGGCAUGGAGCGCGGCCGCUCGCGCAACUGGACCUACGAGGAGACGCUGGAGCUGAUCACGCUGUACACGAGCGACGAGUGGCAGGCCAAGUUCAGCAGCGAGAAGAAGAACCACCGGGCCAUCUGGGCGGGCCUGGCGGGGGCGCUCACCCGCAGGAAGGACGUGUCGGGGGACGAGGCCCGCCAGCGCCUCAACAACCUGAAGGCGCUCUACAACCGCACGCGCAGGCAGCUGCUCGCAGGCGAGAUCUCGUCGCCGCAGUGGGAGUACUGGGAGCCCCUGCACGCCUUCCUGGGCCGCCCUCAGCCCUACAUCCCCAUCACCACCAGCUGCACCCCGCCGCGCCCCCCGCCCCUCCACGGCUUCCACCAGCACCAGUUCCAACCCCAGAUGCACCACCACCACCCACAGGGCCUGCUGGGGGCGCUCGGACUGUCGCCGCAGAUGCACCACCCGAGGGCCAUGCCUCCUAGGCCUAUGUUCAAGACUUCUCCUGACAUGAUGAAUGACGACUCCAAGGAAGUUAUGGAUAUUGAAAUAUCGUGUUAUUGA